CGCCUCGCUCAUGCCUUUCCUGACGCCGAGCGAAGCCUCCCAUACAGAUGAGCGCUGGAAGCCACGCACCUCUUGACGUAGCCACAGACCGUUUGCGGUGCCACUCGGUCUCCGUAGCACGUAUUGCGCAACGUGACUGAUGCUCAACUGGCGACCACGGCGGGCACAUCCGGCUCUCACCGUCGCGUGAAUCCAUUUAGAAAGUGGUCUCAUAACGCCGAGGCGACAGCGGGCAUCGCGGAGGAGCUGUAGAGGAACCAUCCGCCGCUGCUCAGCGGACUGGACCCUCCCCUUGUCAUUGCCACCGGUUAGAGAUGAGUUGAGCGCGCGGCGUCGGGGUGCAGUCGUGCUGUGACUGUGUGAGCGCACGAGCCUUCGCCGUAGUAUUGCCAAAAGCAGCUUGACGACUUUUAUCCCCCCCCCCACCUCCUCCAAGGUGAUGAAAACGGUGAGAAUUUGACUGUGGCUGUUUGUAUACAGCAGAGGUGAUGGCUUCGUCUGACAGCAUGCAGUCACUGCAGCAGCAGCAUCCGCGGAGCGAACCGUGGCCACAGCUGGAAUAGAGGAGCUAUGUCCGUGGGUACCGAGCCUCCGUCCGCCGCUUGUAGUCGACAGCAACUAAGCGCCCCGUCGGUUUGCCGCCUCGGGGGUCUUCGCUAAAGUCCAGGGACAGACGGUUUUCUGAGGAGCGCACCUACCUGGAGUCGAGGAGAGGUUGCUGUUUGUUAUAAGGCCGGGCUCUCUGCAGCCCACUCCCCAAGCCUGCCCGCUUCUCCGCAUCCUCGGCAGCGUCUCCGUUUGCCGCGAGCGCUGCGCUUCUUGACUUCAUAGCAGUGGACAUCAACAACAUCAUCCCUACCUGAGUCCGUUUGCCUCCUGCGCACAUAAAUACCUUUACAUACUGAGACUAAAUUAAUCGACGUGUGGAUCGGAGCAGUGCUGCUGUGUCUAUGCACCUCAGUUACACCUCCCCGGAGAGGACUUUUUGCCAUUGAGAGCUGGAUAUGCAGAGAUUAACGUGAAAGGAUGGAUCUAAUUAUCUGUGUUUUGGGGCUGCUGGCGCUGGUCGUGGAGGGCAUCCGUUGCCAAGGAGUGUAUGCACCUCCGACUGUCCGCAUUAUACACUCAGGGCAUGCCUGUAAUGUUGAGGAAGAGAGGCACACUGAGAGAGUCUACACCAUCAGAGAGGGAGAGACCCUGGAGCUCACCUGUCUGGUGACGGGACAUCCUCGGCCACAGAUCCGAUGGACCAAGACAGCCGGCAGUGUGUCGGACCGUUUCCAGGACUCCAGUGUGUUCAAUGAAACGUUGCACAUUGCAAAGAUCCUGAGGACCCAGGGAGGUCGCUACUACUGCAAGGCUGAGAAUGGCCUCGGCUCGCCUGCCAUCAAGUCCAUCAGGGUGGACGUCUACUACCUUGACGACCCGGUGGUGACGGUGCACCAGAGUAUAGGAGAGGCUAAGGAACAGUUCUACUAUGAGAGGACCGUGUUCCUGCGCUGCGUGGCCAAUUCAAACCCGCCAGUCCGCUAUAGCUGGCACCGCGGGAGAGAGGUCCUGACACAGGGCUCAGACAAGGGCGUGGAGAUCUACGAGCCGUUUUUCACACAGGGGGAAACAAAGAUUCUGAAGCUGAAGAACCUACGUCCUCAGGACUAUGCCAACUACAGCUGCAUUGCCUCUGUCAGAAAUGUGUGUGGGAUCCCUGACCGCAGUGUCAUCUUCAGACUCACCAAUAAGACAGCAUCUCCAUCCAUCAAACUGCUGGUGGAGGAUCCAAUCGUGGUGAAUCCUGGCCAGACGGUAUCGUUGGUGUGCAUCACCACAGGUGGGGAGCCUCCCCCCACACUCACCUGGGUCAGCAGUAAUGACAGCCUGCCACAGAGGAGCGUGGUGAAGGGGGGCACGCUCACACUGCCAGCCAUCACCUCAGAUGAGGCAGGGAUCUACAGCUGCGUGGCCAGCAACAAUGUGGGAAACCCGGCCAAGAAGUCCACAACCAUUGUGGUGCGAGCUUUGAAAAAGGGCAGAUUCUGGAUCACUCCUGACCCCUACCACAACGAUGACAACAUCCAGAUCGGACGGGAAGUGAAGAUAUCUUGUCAGGUGGAGGCGACUCCACCAGAGGAGCUGACAUUUAGCUGGCUGAAGAACGGGCGCGCCCUGCGGAGCUCAGAGCGUAUGGUCAUCACCCAGACGGACCCUGACAUCUCCCCCGGGACCACCAACCUGGACAUCAUAGACCUCAAGUUCACUGACUUUGGCACAUACACCUGCGUGGCGGCGCUGAAGGGAGGAGGCAUCCCUGAGAUCAGCAUUGACGUCAACAUCUCGUCCACAACUGUUCCCCCCAACCUGACAGUCCCCCGGGGCAAGUCCCCUCUGGUGGCCCGCGAGGGUGACACAGUGGAGCUGGAGUGCCUUGUUUCAGGGAAGCCCAAGCCCAUCAUCCUGUGGUCGCGAGCGGAUAAGGAGGCGCCCAUGCCGGAUGGCAACAUGCAGAUGGAGAGCUACGACGGUGUGCUGCGUAUUGUUAAUGUGUCCAGGGAGAUGACGGGCUCGUACCGCUGCCAGACCAGCCAGUAUAAUGGGUUCAAUGUAAAGCCCAGGGAAGCUGUGGUGGAGCUGAUCGUACAAUACCCUCCAACGGUGGAACCGGUUUUCAUGGAGAUGCGUCAGGGCUUGGGGAGGCCCGUGGUGAUGACCUGCAGGGUGCUGCGAGCCCACCCCUCCCGUGUGCUGCGAUUUGAGUGGCUUCUAUCAAACCGGCUGCUCCACGCCGGAGCCUUUGAUGCCCAAAGAGAUGAGACGGAGUAUACCAUCCGCAGCCUGAAUCGAGACGGCUGGGGGGAGUACACCUGUAAUGUCAUCAAUGAGGCUGGAGCAGGCAAAUGCACCUUCCAGGUUACAGGAAAGGCCUACCCCCCAGAGUUCUACUAUGAUACCUACAGCCCUCUGUGGCAAAACAGACCCAGAGUCUACGGCUUCAAGCUCCAGUGGACCCAGAUGAACCCCAACGCUGUGGACCGCAUCGUCGCUUACAGACUGGGAAUCAGACAGAUGGGGUUGCAGCGCUGGUGGGAGCAAGAGAUCCCUGUGGAUGGAACAAUCAACAAAGGAGAGCUCAUGACGCACAACCUGACUGAGCUGAUAAAGCCUGAAUCCUACGAAGUGCGCCUCACCCCCAUCACACGCUUUGGAGAGGGUGACUCCACCAUCCGUAUUGUCACCUAUAGCGCUCCCAUCAACCCACAUCUGAGAGAGUUCCACUGCAGCUUUGAGGAGGAGCCCAUCUGCAUGUUCACCCAGGACAAGAAUGAUGAUUUUGAUUGGACACGGCAUAGCGCAGCUACCCGCGACACCAAGUAUACACCUAAUACCGGGCCUAGUGGUGAUCGCAGUGGUUCUAAGCAGGGUUUCUACAUGUACAUUGAGACAUCAAGACCACGGAAGGAAGGGGACCAGGCACGGCUUGUGAGUCCAUUUUUCAACGUAGCACCUAAAAACCCUUAUGGUAUCACCAACCCUCCUGCCUACUGCUUCGGCUUCUUCUACCACAUGUAUGGAAAACACAUAGGAACACUGAAUGCCUUCCUAAAGCAGAAAGGCCUGACAACCUCCGAGGGUCCCGUGUGGUCGCUAAGUGGUAACCAAGGUGACCGCUGGAAGCAGGCCAAAGUAAGCAUCCAUCCGACAGCGUCCUUUCAGGUGGUACUGGAAGGUGUCCGGGGACCUGGCAUCGAGGGAGACAUCGCCAUCGAUGACGUCACGCUGGAAGAAGGGGAAUGUCGAGACCCACCGCCCAAUCUCAGCUCCACGGCUCCGUCCUCAUCCCCCCAUAUAUGGCUGCUAUGCAUCACCUUGGUGAUGACCCUCCUAGAAGGUCAAAGGUGACCCUUCUCUCCGUCACCUCAGAGGCGAAUAUUCAGACCCACCGUCUGUGAGCUAUACCCUCGGCAUCCAAUCACCAAAGAUUCAUGCAUCCUGAAAGCAGCAGGGGUCCCCUGACGGACCACGGAGGGACCGAAAUAAAGAAAAGAGAGAAAAAAUAGUGAUAAAAAAGUUACACAAAAAGUAAUAAAGAAGAUGCGCUACUUUUUUUAAAAAGACCUCUUUUACAGAAACCACUCCUCGAUGCAGGACUCGGGACGUCUUUACGAGCACAAAGACAGGUGGGUGAUGAGUGAGCCUGGACUUUGGCGAAAGAGUUCACAAGCGUCGAGGGAGGACAGUUUGUAAAGCACAAGAACAAUUUUAUGAAGUUAUGAAAAUAUCUUUGGAAGGCGGCGGAAUAUAGACACUGCUGACUUUUUGAAGAGGAAAUAACAUUUCCCUGCUUACAAAUACAUGAAAUCAGACCUUUCUCUGUGUAUCUUUAUCUUCAUUUUCUUGCACCAGAUGCCAAUCACCGACACUUGUUUUUCACUCUAGCCCAGCCUCACAUCACACCUUGACAUUUCUUUAUCUGCUUGGUGCUGUACUGUAGAAAAACAAGGACUCUGGCAACAUUUAGUUCUGUCUGCUUACUCCCCUGUAGCUGCCUAUGUAUCUUUUAACACUGUGCUCACGAGUCCAAGUGGCCAGCCGACAGUAUGGUGGCAAAACAAUAAAUGCAGAAGAAUCAGCAGAGGUGUAGACAGCUGGACUGGAGGGCAGAAAGAAGUUCAAGUUUAUGAGCUGCAAUGAGAGGAAGAGGUGGAAAGAGGGCAGAGAGGGGAGAUGUUAAAGGGAGGAAGAGUGGAGGGAGAGGAGGAACAGGCAGAGAGUAGAGAAAGGUCUGAUUAGUGAGGCCUGACUCGAAUAUUCAGUCAGCGGUCUGUCUGUGGAACAGAAGCCACUUUACUUUCUGCCAUGAAACAAAGUGCCUUCAGAUUACAAACCGAAUCGUGAGCCUGGGUGUUAAUCAACAUCGAACACAUCUCUGUUCAUGUUUCCUCUGAUGGGCUAUUUUCUACAUGUUUCUUUUGCCCCACAAGUGCUGAUGGGAGGGCAUGCGUGUUCAGAGGGAGUAUGGGGGUUGUGCAACACCCGGAUUUUACUCCUGAUGGGACAGUUGCCUAUGUGUGCGUGUGUGCGUGUUUGUUUGUAUGCGUGUGUUUGUGUGUGUGCAUGCGCCUAAGCCUAUGCCUAUGCCUAUGCGUAGUUCAAUGUGAGGGCAGCCGACCAGGCAGUGCUGGCAGACCCCGAGCACAGGUUUGGAAACAAUUUGGACAAAAACAGCGGCAACAGUGAAAGUGAGGCUCUGGAUAUUUUUUCGUAGAAAGACAGUUUAAGAUCAUACGGGAGGAUAAAGACACUUCGUCGAAUGAAUACCCCACUCUCUCUUCCCAUAAUUCUCUUUCCCUGCGGGCGAGCAUUUUUUAACAAAAGAAAAGAACAACUGCUGAAUAAAACAUUGCGUUGUACAGGGAGGAGAGUAGGAACCUUGGGACUGCAGGCUUCUUUAGGGUGAUUCGCCUCACCCCUGUCCUCCACCAUUUAUAUGGAACAAUAUGAGAAUAAAAGAUAAUAAUGACCAUAAUAAUAGUCAUGAUAUUUUAUUACUCUAGCGAGAAUGUUUCUCUGCUUUUACACAAACUGUGAAGAUUGACUGUGGAAGAUCUACCUGAGACCAUAACCUUAACCAGCGGGGUUUUUAAAAAAUGUAUUGUAAAAAAGAGAAAAUAAGAAAAUGAAAAAUUCCGUUCAUUGUUGGUUAUGACAAAUGUUUUGAGGACUUGUGUCUUGUUUCUUAUUUUUUCUGUUGAAGAUGACUUAACUUCCUUUCUCUUCUUGUUGUCUCCCUUUGCAUUGCUGAAGUAUCAAAGCUGAUGGAAGCAUAAGAAGUAAACCAAUUUGGUAACUGUAUAACUUGUAAAUGUUAAAGAAGCUCUAUUCAAAGGUUUAUGAUAAAUGUUUUAUGUUGGAGUACAGGAAGCACAACAUACAGUUCAAGGUCUCAACAUAUAAAAUUCAUUUUAUAUUUCUCUGCACAUACGUGACCUACUUCCACAAAUUCAGGCUUAUCUACACUCUGAAAGUCCACGUUUAACAGCAAAUUGAUCAUUUUUUACUUGUUGCAUUCAUAUUUAUAGUGCAACCACAAUGCUAGAGAACGCAAAAGGAACCCAGUCAAGAGUAUAAAUGAAAUUUUCAUGAAUGCCAACUGGGUAAAUGUUCAUGGUGUUGUGGUUGUUCAGCGUAUGUAGCCUCUUCAGUGGAAGCCUGGGUUAGUCUGAGUGGGUCGUGUACAUGUGUGAGCAUAAAGCUGUGUACAAUAGGUGUGAUGAGAAACUGAUACAUGUAAAGAAGAUAAAUAUGCUAAGCAAAACAGAGCAGAAUGAUGAACAUUUCAGGGCAUCCUUACAAUAUCAUUAUGGUCUGUAUGAUGUUAUUACAGAGAUGUAUUCACAGGUAUUAUAUGCUAUCCAUUUCUGUUUUGUAUUUGUUUUUUUGUUUUUGUUUUUUUAGAUAAUUUCAGACAUUUUCAUUUCUAUGUUUUUAUUUCCAAAAGGCCCAGAUCACAAUGAAUGUAAAUGGCGUUCUGGGGAGAGUUGUUUUUUUACAUUCUUACUAGGUGUAAUGUUUUACUUCAGCAUAUGUUUUUUGUGUGCUUUUGAUGAUGAGAACUUUCAGACUUUCAUAGGUUGUUUUGGGUACAUCAAGAACAAGAGGUUCAUCUGACUUUGACACAGACUUUGACACAAUUUCCAAAAAUAUAAGUUCAAAAAAAAUAUCCAUUAGCUAGUCGCUAUAUCCUCUUGUGGUAUAGAAGGUAAUGAAAAGUGCCAUGAGUAGUCGUCACUGUUACUAAGUAUGGAUAUGAGUUUCCUAAGAUAUUUUGGUAACUGUUCCUUUUACAGCCACUCUAAGCACCUGGUCAGUUCAUGAUGAGAACAGAAAAUCAGAACAUGAUAGCUGCUGGAUUUACAUAAAAGAACAUAUUUGAUAUAAUUUUGGUAUUGUUACCAUUGAUUUAAAGGAAUAAUGUAACAUUUUGAGAAAUGUGUGUAUUCGCUUUCUUGCCUUGUCAGUUAAAUAUGAAGCUACAGCCAGAAAACCAUUAGCUUAGCUUAGCACAAAGACUGGAAACAGAGAAACAGCUAGCUUGGCUCUGCCUGAACAAAAUCCACUAAUUGUAUAUCUUUGGUUUAAUCUGCUCUACAAAAACCAAAGAGUAAAAACAAGACGUUGCAUUUUAUGUGUGUUGCCAGGAAACUAUCAAAGAUGUCAGGAAGUCACUGCUCCCAGUCAAGAAAUAGUCUGUCACAUAACCCCUGUAAAACCACAAAUUGUUGGAACGUUUUUGUACAAAUUAAACAACAAUUAAACAAGAUAUAACAUCAUUUGUGAGCUUUAGAGGUGUCUGCAAGCUGAUUUUGGUUUCAUUUUGAUUCAGUUUCCCCUGUUUCCAGUCUUUGUGUUAAGCUAGGCUAAAUGUCUGCUGCCAUAAGAGUGAUAUCAAUCUUAGCCAACUGUGGACAAGUAAGUAAGUGUAUUUCUUUAAAUGUUAAACCAUUCCUAUUUGUAUGGAGCUAGAACCAGGAGGUGCUUAUCAGCUAGCUUUGCUCUCUCCGGAGUUCAAAAAUAACCCCUAAAGCUCACAAAUUUACAAGUGUUUCACAAAAUGUCAAACUAUUGCUUUAGAGUUUAAAAGUAUGCAAAACUUUCUCUGUGUAUUUCCUCUCAGUCACUACACUGUAAAACUUGUUUUGUGUAUAUUGAAUUAUAUCAGCAUUAACCUUUCACAGACUAUGACAGACCCCAUUUUUAUCCUAGUUUUGUGGUGAACAUUAUUAAAUAUUGGGUAUAUUCAUACAUAGCUGUAAAAUGUUCAUUUGGGUUAAGGAAAUAUUGUCUAUUUUUCCCAGAAGAGUCAUUGUUUGUUUCCAUGGUAUUACAGCUCUCACCGUAUCCUUGAUUUCCAUUUCUGUGCAACUCAUACACCCUAAGUCAGCCUCUGCCCUUUGUGUGUAUGAGGGAUAUGAGCCCAGUGAGUGGCUUACACACUCAGCUCUGCUCUAUUUAUUGAUAAAAGUCCUCUAAGCUACUUCAAAGUACAAUUGGAGGGGAUUAAGAGUUUUUGAAUAUGUAAACAGUGGUAUGUGACAGUUUGCUUUCUUGCAGUCUUUACUGACUCUAUUCUAACAAUGAGAGGCUUCUGUAGUUGUGGAAAGUGGGAAGUGUUCAUAAACUAACUAACUAAGGGGGAAUGGGUUUGAGGUAUUUCUAGUGUCUAUUUAGUUUAGCUGCUGGAGCUGAGUGUGUUUGUUUUUCCAACCAACGCAUACAGUAUCAGAUGUUUCUCACAACAGCUAAUUAAGUUUUACGCUCACUCAAGAAGAGUUGUGGUAAUAGUGCCAUUAUUUUAAAUAGAUUCUUAUGGAAAUCUUUUUUUUUCUCUCUUCUUCUUGGCAGACCUUUCACAAUAACAUGACAUGUAAAGGUCUCUAUUUAUUUAGUUAUCUCUAAGAAUGGUGAUGUAUAUAUUAUAGGUACAGCAAUCUAGUACAACUGUCAAUAUUAUUAUUAAUAUUUAACAUUGGUCAAACAGAGAUUAGCACUGAGGCAGGUGGAGCACUGAAGUCAUGUCUGCAUUAACUUUUUGGCAUCAGCUGUUUCAUUCAAGCCCUAAAAUCACUAGCUCAAUCAACUGAGUAAUAAUGUCCAGUCAUAUUCAUGUGGGUGUAAAGGGCAACCAUUAUAACCUGAUACUUCUCACUAUUACUCUGCUGAUACACUUAUGCCAAUGUUGCAUGUUCCUCAGUCACUUUAACCUCCUAGAGAGCAGAGCCUUUUCACCAACUCUAAGUAUGUAAUCAUUUUCUAUAAAUGGUCAACUCCUCGACCGAAACUUAGUUAUUUGUCGUUGCCAUCAUGUCAAAAAGGUGUUGUUUGUUAUUGUUUGUUAUUUUUGAAGCUGCACAUUGUGAUUGUCUGGUAUUUGACUAUAUUAUGUUUAUGCCCCUCUAAGUAAAUGUACAUGAGGUGAACAAAACUUUAGGGCACCUUUCAAUAAGAUGCAAUCAGUUAAAACUACCAGAAAGUACAGCCUGAAAAUGCACUACAGAAUUCAUUCAACUUAAAAAGCUAAAGCAUUAAAGCUUAUAGUUUUAACAAAUACUGAACAUUAAAAAUAAGGUGUUUGAGUCAAUUAUAUUGCAUUGCUUUACAUUGCACUGGUCACAGUAUAUACAAGAAAUUGCCUUUUUCCUUUGUAACGCUGCUGAAAGCAAACAACACAAGUCGAUCUUUAUUGCAUGGAAAAGGCAAUAACCAUUUGGUAGGUGGGAGGAGGGAAGCAGUAUGCAGUGCAGUGUAUAGAGACAGAAAUAAUGUUUGCCUUUUUGAAUUUAGUUUCACCUUUCUGAAAACAUGAGACAUUUGACUUGCUACCUUUGUUUAAGAUAUAUGGCUCAUAUUAAUCUUAAUUAAACUGAAAAGAAAUCUAUUGUUGAUAUGGUAAGGUCCUGGACUACCAAGGAAACAAACAAGGACUUGUUUUCAAUGCUGUUUCAUGUUAGAUUCUUUUUUAAAAAAAAAUCUGUUAUUUCUUUUGUGCAUUUAUGAAUAUAUGAAUGAAUUAUGCAGUUGUGCAUGAAAAUACCCAGUGCUUAGAUUAAUACCAUUAAAAUGGAGGUACUGUAGCAUUAAAGGAUGGGGUCUGUCAGAGUUUGUGCAGGCUGUAGACUGAACUUAAUUGCUGUAACAUGCAGUAUGUCGAAACAAUUUCCCAGGUUCCUUGGUAAAUUUGAUUAAAACUAUCCAUGUGAGUAGAACCAUGGCCAGUUGGGAUGUGAGAAAAUUUCAUUUAAAACAAAAUAUUGCCUUAAUUCCUAGAAAGUGCAUACCUCGUAAUAUUAUAAACUACAUGAAGAGAAGAAAGUUGAGUCCUGUUCAGUCAUGCUACUAAACUCAGGCAGCUCCCAACUGUGAUGUAGUUACCUGAAUAGUGUUUUAAAAGAAAUUUAGUUGUAAUUAUCACAUUUUUACCUGCUUAGUUACAGCUGUGAUAUCUGAUAGUUUGUUGUUUUUAACUGGUAUUUAACUGCUCCAUAGGUCUCUAAAAGGAACAGUCCCAAUAUUUCUUUCUGAGUGAAAAUGUUCUCAUUUUCUGUUUAACCUGAGAAGGGCUUUGUCACAUUGUGCUAUUCAUCGCACUAUUUUAGCUCCCCCCUAAAAAAAAUAUUCAAUUCCACUAGCGUGAUAUAAUAGCAGCUGGUAGCCCUAAUUAUCACUAUACACACCCAGCUUUCUUGGUAUUGAUUCAGCAAAGGCAUUGACCGCCAAAAGGGAGAAAAGCACUGUGGUUAGGUACGAGUAGCGCCGGCAGAAUUGCCAGUCACAGUCAAAAGUGUUCAUAUGAACGACUCAAACAGAAACAAAAUAUCUGUCAUAUUAAACCUGAAACUUUACCACAGCAGUGAAUUCUUUUUCAAGAGUAAAAUGGCCAUUUUAAUGUGGUGCAUUCCUUUCACUUCCACACAGUGGCUAGGCAGUAGUGAGUGACUUGUCGACAGGAGGCUGUCUGCAGUCUCACUAAAUAACUGGAAAAGGUAGACACAUUUCAGAGAUCUCAUUUUACUCUGUCAGGGAUGAAGCAGUGUGUCGCUAUUUGAUGGCAUGGCUGCUCAGUGUGACAACUUUACCAGUGGGGAAAACUGCCACCUCUUGGUGCCUAGUGUUUCUGGUGUUGGAGUCAAUCUCACUACUUCUCGAUGGCUUUCCUCUCCUGUCUGUCCUCUUUUUCUCUUUUCACUUGCUUUGAUCAGGAGUCACGGGCAAGGCAGGAGCAACAUCUACACAGACUCCCUUUUGUCAUUUACCAUCAGUGCAGCAGACUGUGUGCGGGAUGACAAAAUGAAGAUGUUUGCCACCGUCAAGAAAUGGCCCCCCUUCAUUCUUAAAAACCCAUGGAAAUUAUGAGAUUUGAUGCUGUAAUAUCAAGGUUGUUGAGAAAGCUGUGUUUCAGUGAUGUUAUUUAUCUUGUUCUGUGCUGACACCCUGUAAUGAUGACCUGUCACUCUUCUCUGUUUUGUGCUCUAUAUUUAUAUAUGAUCAGGCUUCUUUUUCACUGUAUUUCUUUGGAUUUAUCACCCAUUUUUUGUGCCAUACCUGCAACUAAUGAAAAAAUAAAGAAAAGGAAUAUUUUA